AGAAAACAUGUUUUCCCGGUUAAGAGUAGCCACCUCUCCGUGUACUUUGGCAUGCCGUCAUCUGCACCGGAAAGAGAAAGGCAAGCCACUCAUGUUGAACCCAAGAACGAACAAGGGAAUGGCAUUUACAUUACAGGAACGACAAAUGCUUGGUCUUCAAGGACUUUUACCUCCUAAAAUAGAGACACAAGAUAUCCAAGCCUUACGAUUUCAUAAAAACUUGAAAAAAAUGACCAGCCCUUUGGAAAAAUACAUUUAUAUAAUGGGAAUACAAGAAAGAAACGAGAAACUGUUUUACCGAAUACUACAGGAUGAUAUUGAAAGUCUAAUGCCAAUUGUAUACACACCCACAGUUGGUCUUGCCUGUUCCCAGUAUGGGCACAUCUUUAGAAGACCUAAGGGAUUAUUUAUUUCAAUCUCAGACAGAGGUCAUGUUAGAUCAAUUGUGGAUAACUGGCCAGAAAAUCAUGUUAAGGCUGUUGUGGUGACUGAUGGCGAGAGAAUUCUGGGUCUUGGAGAUUUGGGUGUCUAUGGAAUGGGAAUUCCAGUAGGAAAGCUUUGCCUCUAUACCGCUUGUGCAGGAAUACGUCCUGAGAGGUGCUUGCCUGUUUGUAUUGACGUGGGGACUGACAACAAAGCACUAUUAAAAGAUCCAUUUUACAUGGGCUUAUAUCAGAAACGAGAUCGUUCGCAGCUUUAUGAUGAUCUGAUUGAUGAGUUUAUGAAAGCAAUUACUGAUAGAUAUGGACGGAACAUACUCAUUCAGUUUGAAGACUUUGGAAAUCACAAUGCAUUCAGGUUCUUAAGAAAAUAUCGAGAAAAAUAUUGUACCUUCAAUGAUGAUAUUCAAGGGACAGCUGCAGUUGCUCUAGCAGGUCUUCUUGCAGCCCAAAAAGUUAUCAAUAAGCCAAUCUCAGAGCAUAAAAUCCUAUUUCUUGGAGCAGGAGAGGCUGCUCUUGGAAUUGCAAAUCUGAUCGUAAUGUCAAUGGUGGAAAAUGGCCUCUCCGAAGAAGAGGCACAAAAGAAAAUCUGGAUGUUUGACAAGAGUGGUCUAUUGGUUAAGGGGCGAAGUGCUAACAUAGAUCCCCAUCAGGAACCAUUCGUUCACCCAGUCCCAGAGUACGUCCCUGAUACUUUUGAAGAUGCAGUAAAUGUACUGAAACCUUCAGCUAUAAUUGGAGUUGCAGGUGCUGGCAGGCUUUUUACUCCUGAGGUAAUCAAAGCCAUGGCAUCUAUUAAUGAAAGACCUGUAAUAUUUGCAUUAAGUAAUCCUACCACUAAGGCUGAGUGCACACCUGAAGAGGCCUAUACACUUACAGAGGGAAGAUGUUUGUUUGCCAGUGGCAGUCCAUUUGGGCCAGUAAAACUCCAAGAUGGAAGAGUCUUCACACCAGGCCAAGGGAACAAUGUAUAUAUUUUUCCAGGUGUGGCUUUAGCUGUUAUUCUCUGUGAAACCCGACAUAUCAGUGACAGUGUUUUCUUAGAAGCUGCAAAGGCACUGACAAGUCAAUUAACAGAUGAAGAGCUAGCCCAGGGGAGACUUUACCCACCACUUGGUAAUAUUCAGGAAGUUUCUGUUAACAUUGCUAUUAAAGUUACAGAAUACCUGUAUGCUAAUAAAAUGGCUUUCCGAUACCCAGAACCUGAAGACAAGGCCAAAUAUAUCAGAGAAAGAAUAUGGCGAAGUGAAUAUGAUUCCCUGCUGCCAGAUGUGUAUGCCUGGCCAGAAGCUGCAUCCCGCCCUCCCCUGAUAACAGAAUAGAAGCGCUCUACCAAUACUGUCCAUGCUUCAGGGAACUCUGCCUUUUUUUGUUAAGGCAAAGAUAAUGUUCUCAUAUUUAUGAUGUCAUGUUUUAUUUUUCCUCAUAUGAAGUUCUUGACUUUUUCCCCCCACAAAUCUAUAUGUGUGUUGGAGGUAGAUGUGUUGUUGGCAAGGAAUUACCCUACAGUCAAAUAAUCAGAAUGCUUUGGUUUCAGUGUUUGCCCCUACAAGAAAUGUUAAAAAUGUAUUUGUGGCUGUCUUCACUUGUACUCUUCUUCCUCAUGCUUGCCAAGGUAUUUGUUCUUUGCAGUAAUUAUCUUUCACCCACUUAUUUUGGGGGCACUAAAAUAGAAACUUCCAUGGGCAUGAGAAUUUUGAGAAGCCAGUAAAGAAAAUUUGUCACUAUCUAAAUACACACACACACACACACACACACACACGUAUAUGUGUGUGUGUGUGCGUGUUUUAUCUUCAGGCGCUGAAAUUCCUUUCUAGUAGACAGAUCUGGGAAAAAAAAUACAAAAAAAAAUCCUUGCUUAUUUUCUAGAACUGAAUCAAGGCUUAACCAACAUUAUGAGAGGGUAAUAGGAACUUAGGAACUACUACUGUUGCCUGUAGGCAAAUAAAAGUCAUUUGAAAGAACAAUGUAUAAAUAUCACUUUUAUUUAAAAAUACCAUAAAUUUAAUAGUUUUACAUAUACUAUCUUAUUGCCCAACUAGAAAUUUAGUUCUGUUUAUGAUCAAAACACAUAGUUUCAUUCUUUGAACUUCCUUCCAGUUGAUGGAGUAUGUGAUACUUCAUACAUAUAUUAUGUCUAACAUCAUGUGACUUUUUGAAAAUAAAUGAUAGUCUUGUUUCACAUGUGAA